UAAGUGAUGGCUCGUACUAAGCAGACAGCUCGCAAGUCCACCGGUGGCAAAGCGCCGCGUAAGCAAUUGGCGACGAAAGCUGCGCGGAAGAGUGCUCCGGCCACCGGAGGUGUGAAGAAGCCUCAUCGUUACCGCCCGGGAACCGUUGCCUUGCGUGAGAUCCGUCGUUACCAGAAAUCGACGGAGUUGCUGAUCCGCAAGCUGCCUUUCCAGCGCUUGGUUCGUGAAAUCGCACAGGAUUUCAAGACCGAUCUGCGCUUCCAGAGCUCCGCCGUAAUGGCUCUGCAAGAGGCCAGCGAAGCCUAUCUCGUAGGCUUGUUCGAAGACACGAACUUGUGCGCCAUCCACGCCAAGCGCGUCACGAUCAUGCCCAAGGACAUCCAGCUGGCCCGCCGUAUCCGUGGCGAGCGUGCGUAA